AUGCCUCCGGGUAAACGAAAGAGAAGUGAUCGCCAUUCCGUUGAAGGCGGCCGGUCUUCUCCUCAUCGACCCGGUGAUACCGCACUUGGACAACACGACCGCGACGAUAAUAUGGCUCGUGGUCGCGGCAGAGGGCCUAGAGGUCCCGGUCGACGCGAUUCAUCUCAAGGUCAAAACCGAGGACCCCCAAUUCAUCAACAAAACCCUUCAUCAACGCAACGACGACCCAGCUCUUCUCAUACAACACAGCCACCGGCACCCCCUCCUCCUCCUUCUGCGCCAGUGAUAAAGAGACCUGCUUAUGCACCGCCUCCGUUGUUGCGACCGCCCUCUCCGGUCCGUUCUAACUAUCGCUAUAAUAAUCUUACGGACGAGAAGAUUAGCGCUUGGGCUGAGAGUGGUCGGAAUGCAAUCAUCCAACAUGGAAAGCAGUCACGGGAAGAUGUUGACAUCACGGAGCUGUCAAGCUUAUUCCAAGAGUUCGUGCACGCAGUUGUCGAAGCUCGAUUACCACCAGCCGAUGCAGGUGCCUGCGUCAAGGAAAUUCUUGGUGACGAAACGACGGAGAUUAUUAAGGAUUCAUACGCGUUCGCUCCCCACACCCUAUUUCUUGACUCGUUGUCCAUAGUCAUGGAUAACGAGCCCGCCAUUUACAGGCCGACUCUUCGCGAAUUCGUCCUGACAUCUGGCGUGUCGUCCAACCUAAUGCGACAGGUGCUCGAAGCUGAAGUCCUGCAGCGGAUAGGGCUUAUCAGAGAUAACUUUGUCAAACUAGGUAUCAAACAGGCAACAAACCUUCUAUACCGACAAGCCAACUAUAACCUGCUUCGUGAGGAGACGGAAGGAUAUUCAAAGCUCAUUACGGAACUUUUCACAACUAGCAGUGUGACUCCCCCUCCUCCCGAAAUGGCAGAACAGACCUUCGAGCGAAUCAAGGCUCUUAUUGGUACAUUCGAUCUUGACGUCGGCAGGGUAUUGGACGUAACCCUCGACGUUGCAGCUGCUGUUCUCAUUAAGCAGUUCAAAUUCUUCGUCAAAUUUUUACGAGUUAGCUCCUGGUGGCCUCGAUCUCAUCUAAAAUUCAGUGCCGCAGUCUAUGUCGGCGGUCUACCCUUGUGGGCAACCCCGGACUACUCACAGUGGACAACGACGGAAGACGAUGAGAAGCUCUUGGAGGAGAAGAAGCGAGUUCGAGAUGUUGCUUUCUGGGAUCGAGCUCGUGAAGUUCACAUGGAGGCAUUCUUUGAGCUUGGAGGUCGACAAGUCGCCGAUUCCAACUCGCAACAACUUACAAUCACCAACGGUGCCGAGGGCGAUGAUGCUGCCGCGGAUAUUGAAAGGCAGUGGGUGCAGGAAACCAAAACCCUCCCACCCCCUGGCAACAGAACGGCCGCACAACUACUCGGCUUCAAGUUGCGUUUCUACAACUCCGAUGCUCGCGACCAGACAGACGUACUCCCCGCCAAUCUUUUAUACUUAGCUUCUCUUCUUGUCAAGAUAGGGUUUAUUUCCUUGACCGACCUAUACCCGCAUCUUUCGCCAGCUGAUGAAGACAUGGAAACAGUCAAAGAAAAGGAGAUGAAGAGGAUCGAGGAGGAAGAACGAUCUUCUCGUGGUGGUCCGAUGAAUGCCCUUCUCAUGGCUGGUGUCCUACCCCAAGGCGACGAUGAUAAUCCCAAUAGCUCGAAUCUGCCUAGACGAGAACUUCCCAAGAAGGUUGAAGCAGAGACGAAGGAGGCUACCAUAGAAGCUACAGACAACAAGCCAAAACUGCCAGAACCGUUGGAACAAAAGGUAGCAUUGCUCACCCAAUUAUUGACCAUCGGAGCUAUCCCCGAAUCGCUAUUCAUUCUUGGUCGCUUCCCAUGGAUCCCAGAGGUCUUCCCUGAGGUCCUCGAAAGGAUUCAUCGCAUCCUUCAUCAUUGCGUUGACAAGGUCUUCCGCGACAGCCGACCUGUCGUGGUCGGCGAGACUGGAUGUCCAACCAAAUUUGUUCCGGAUUUCGACCAGUCUGGACUUCCCAAGGGCAGUGUUCGAUUGAGCAGAUUAACAACCCGCAAGUCUCUCAGGUGGCCAUUCCCCGAUAAAGUCGACACCAACGAAUCGCAAAAUUAUCGAUACUACUGGGACGAAUGGGCUGACAAUAUCCCUGUUUGUCAGUCCGUGGAUGACAUCUUCACUCUCUGCGGGACACUUCUCAACAUUUCUGGUGUCAAUAUUGGCAAAGACGAGGCUCUGUUGACCAAGUUGGCUAGAAUUGGAGCGAAGAGCCUCGCUGAGGACAAAUCAGAGCACAAUCUUACCCGAUGGCACGAUCUACUUCGACGACUGCUGAUGCCAGCUUUGAGUCAUACCAAGGCCAACGCUUCAGCUGUCAACGCCAUUUGGGAGCUCCUAAGGCAUUAUCCCAUGACUACUCGCUACUCCAUGUACGCUGAAUGGUUCGAGGGACAGAUUUCUCGGUUGCCCGCUAUGAAGGCAGCUUUUGCAAAGGCCACGUCGGAAACCAGGGGCACUAUGAAGCGAGUUUCUCUCACGAACUUGAGUGAAAUGGCUAAGCAACUCGCCAAAACCAGUUACUCAUCUCCUGGUAUCGUCUUCAGGGUUGCUUUCGAGCAAUUAGAGUCCUAUCCAAACCUGAUCGACGCUUUUGUGGAGUGCGCCAAGUACUUCACAGACCUCUCCUAUGAUGUGCUUGUAUGGUCCUUGAUGAGCUCUCUUGGCAAAUCAAGGAGUCGUACCCAAGCUGAACACGCUCUCACUACCAGCAAAUGGCUACAGGCCUUGUCAAGAUUUUCUGGCAGAGUCUUCCGACGAUACACAGUUCUUAACGCUACACCAGUCUUGCAAUACGUCAAUCAUCAGCUCAUUCAGGGCAACUCCACCGACCUUAUCAUUCUAAAGGAGCUCAUCACCUCGAUGGGUGGUAUUGUUGACUCGGUUGAUUUCACUGACCUUCAAAUUUUAUCCAUGGCUGGAGGUGAAUACCUGCGACGCCAUACUCUAAUUCGCGGCCAGGAUAAGCGAUUUGAGAACAUCAAGAGUUCAAAGCGUCUCAUUCAAGCCUUGACGGAGUCCAAGCUUGCCGCGCAGUUACUCAUUAACCUGGCACAGUACCGACAAGCAGCUCCCUUUCAGGUGCCGGAAGAUGAAGCUCACAUCAAAUAUCUAUCCUCGAUGAUUGACGAUUCGCAUCGCAUUUUGGUUCAAUACCUCGACUUGCUCUGGAGCAACAUGGACCCUCCCACUUUCGACGACCUUGUUCCCUCGAUUCCUGAACUCAUCCAUUCGUACGGCCUGGACCCUAGUCUGGCUUUUCUGAUUGGCAGGGCCAGCCUUUCCCAUCGCAUGCAUCCGUGGAAGCCAAAGAAGGUCGACGAGGCAAAGGAAAAGGCUCAAGUCACACAAUCUACAGACAAAGAAGGCGAUGUUUCAAUGUCUGAUACGCCUGCUGCAUCCGGCGGCAACGAAACACCCAGCCAAGAAGCAGUACAGGCUGAAGAACAGGCUGGUGCUCAAAACUCAUCAGCACCAAACACAUCAACUAAUUCACAACAAUCACAGAAGUCGGAAGAUUCCUCUCUUGUCAAGACAACAUUACAACCGAUUGUGGAUGCCAUCCAAAACACUGUCCGUCCUGAGAUCUGGCAGAAGAUUACCCCAGAGCUCUAUGCGAACUUUUGGGCUCUUCAGCUAGGUGACCUCUAUUGUCCAGACAAAAUCUACAGACAGGAGAAAGAUCGCCUCAGAGCUGAAGAGGUCGCUAUCUCACGAGAUCGAAGCGACAUGUCAAGGCGUGGACAAGAGCGCAAAGUGGAAAAACGAAAGGAGCUUAUGCAGCUCCAGAUCGGGCUUUCAGAAGAAAACAGUGAACAUCUGAUGCGCCAGGCGAAAUGGAAAAUUUACCUGAACAAGCAGUUCCAAUCGUCUUUCCCAGAACCUCGAGCCAAGCCAGAUACCAUAUCCGAUAUUCUACUCGAGCAGUGCUUCAUCCCUCGCAUGCUUCUCUCAAAGGCUGAUGCUGAGUAUACAUACAAGUUUAUCAAGGCACUGCACGAAGGUAAUGCCCCCGGCUUCCAAGUGAUGUCACUCUACGACAGACUUUUCAACGCCAAUCGCCUGAGGGCCCUUAUUUUUACAUCUACAGUCAUGGAGGCCGAGUAUCUUGGUCGCUUCUUGAAGCUUAUUCUCGAGGAUCUAUCGCGUUGGCACAAGAACGCGACAGUUCCCAAUGAGAAGGACAAGUCAAGAGACCAACCAAGAUUGGGUGUGUAUGAAAAGGAGGCCAAGGGAACCCCCGAUCAGCCCCGCCUUGGGUUCGCUCUGACUUUUGACGACAAUGACAAGCCACUGACCUUUGUUGAACACGAGCAAUUCCGUGACUUGCUCUUCCGCUGGCACAAGAACCUCAAUAGCGCUCUGCGUUCUUGUUUGGAGGGUACGGAAUGGAUGCAUAUUCGAAAUGCCAUCACAGUUCUGAAGGCGGUCCUCGACUUCUUCCCAGCUAUCGACUUUAUGGCUACGAAGUUUUCAAGCCUCCUCCAAACUAUUACCAAGCAAGAGAGUGCUGCCAAACCUUCUCCUGAUAGCGAGGUUGGCGGACGUGUCGAUCUGUCAGUCGCUGCUCAGGGUGCCAUGUCAGAACUUCAGAGGAGGAAAUCCAAAUGGGUUAUGGUUCAGGCUUUCCGCCCGGGUGGUGCUGGCGCUGCACAAAACGAAGCAGACAAGACGAACAAUCUGCGUGCAACUGCGCCGGAAUUCAAGCCCGGUCCCAACAAGCAAUCAAGAGGGAAACAAACGACUGCUGAGGAGGAAGACGGAGAGGUCAAGGAUGGCAAAGACCUCAAGAAUUCCGCGACAGAUCCAACGAAGCCCACAGGCCCGGCGAAGGACUUGCUGCCAGCCAAGCCAGGAUCGUCUCGGGACUCGAAACGCGACCAUACACCAUCUGGUCCCCGCGCCUCGAAUAACAAUUCUGGAACCGGUGCUGGCGCGAAGCACGACUCUCGGCCUAACACGCUUCCGGAGCGACCACCUCAUACCCUACCCAGUCGGCCUGAUGUGCCUAUUCCCGCGCACUACACUCCCGAGAGAUUUAACCAAUCCCGCGGGCAUGAGCGUCGUGAUGGUAAAGAGCCCAGAGAUGCACGGUCUAGGGAUUCUCGUGAGCCCAGGGAACCUCGCGAUACUCGAGAUCAGCGUGAGCCUAGAGAACCUCGUGAGUCCCGGGAUCAGCGCGAUUCUCGAAAUUUUGAUCCUGCUCGUCCUGAUCGUUCACGCGACUUCUCUGAGCGACGAACACAAGAUCACGGCCGGGAAUCAUCUCGAACUGAUGGAUCAAGUCGUCGUAGCGAACAUGACCGAGACCGAACUAGGGAUUCUAAGAGCAGUAGAGGUCACGACCAUGGUCGCUUGAACGAAACGCCUACCCCAGCCCCUACAGUUCCCGCUGCAGCUGUCGAGGCACCUGAACCACAUAUCAACCCCGAACGAGCUGCCCUGUUUGCUCAAGACAAUGAACGGGCUCGUGCACCGGACUCUGACCGGUCUAGUAGAGGUCGUAAGAACGCUCCCGUGGAGACAAUGGAUACGAUCAAUCCAGAGAGGGCUGCCCUGAUGGGUAACAGAGACAACACACCUUCACGCGCCCCUCGGAAUGAGCCACGAGAUCACAACGCUCGCGUUCAAUCUCCUCGACGAGGAGGUCGCUAUGGGCAUGAGAGUAGUCAGCCUGAAGGUGGACGUGAAGACCGACAUGAUCGCAAUUAUCCUGUGGAACACCGGCCUUCUUCUGGAAGAGAUCCCCGGGAGCGAUCGCCAUACCGCGGCGAUAGACCAAUGGACCGUGAGGCUGAGCGAAGUUCUGGACCUAAAGGUCGCGAUACUUCUAGUUUUCAUGGAACUCCUUCUCGGGUUCCUGAGCCUGAGCACAAGCCACCUCAUCAAGAUGAUUCUUAUGGACGUCUCAGCUCGAUACAGAAUGUUACUGAAGUGCCUUAUGGACCAAGCGGACCAAGAGCCCGUGGACGAGGUUCAAAUAGAGGUCAUGGUGUACCUCAAGGGCUGCCAGGUCGACUUGAUGGCAGGUUUGCUGGUGCGGAAGGCGAACGGCCUCCUACCCCAGAUCGACCUCCACCAACUGGCCCGGCGGCGUCAGGCAGAGGAAGACGUGGGUUCGAGCAGAACAACGGCCCUGUCACGCCUUCAGGCACGCCCAGCGGCCCUCAAAAUCGGAUGAGAAACGCCGGCCCCAGCCAGGGUCUGCCUUCUCCUGCAUCCACUAAUGCUACACCUUCAGGGGUCCAUCCAGAGCGUCUAGCACAAAUCGGUGCUCAAGUUGGUGCAGUCCCUCCGCCUCCUCCUGGGCCGCCACCAUCUCAUCCUCAUGGCCAUAAUCACGGUCACAAUCGUCAGUCAAUGCCUGGAGCUGGCACCCCCGACCGAGGUCCUGGCCCGGGACAACGACAAACACCUGGCAGCUACGCAGGAUCACCAGCUGGUGAGCCUAACGUACCUACCGGUCCAGCCUCCUCGAACGAGCGUGUUCGCAAUGGUGGUGGGCGGAGGCAGCUCCAAGGCAUUAACAGCACCCUGCAACAAGCGCAGGCCAACAUGCCGGAUGUCAGCCGAAGCAACAGCGGAAGAGGACGUCAUUCGCGCCAAACCCUUGGCAAUUCCGAUGCUCAAGUCUUGACUGGAGGUUCUCCCACUGCUACACCAGCUCAAGAACGCCAAGAUCCUAUCAGGAACGAAUCGUCAAGCCGGGCGCCUGCCAAUGGAGAGGAGAGCUCAGGUCGUAGCGAGCAUGACCGAAGUCGCCGUGGCGAUCGCGAGAGUAGAUCCAACCGCACUUCACGUCGAGGAAGUCGUGAACGAGAGCGUGAUCGUAGUCCAGGCCGAGAACGUGAGGGCAAAGAGCAUCGCGAAUAUCGGGACCGUCGAUCAGGAGCUGGCGAAGGUGGCAGAGAAGAGAGGGAAUCUAGAAGAUCUAACAGAGAUCAAAGCGGUGUUCCACGAGAGCCUAUGGGCCCUCCUCCAACAGGGGGUAGAGACCUUGUUCAAGGUCGUGAAGGGCGACACAGAGGUGAUGGUCAAAGUGGCCGAAGUGGUGAAGAUUGGGCAGGCAGCGGUAGAGGAGGCGGUCGUGGAGGACAGCGUGAUGGGGGAUUACGACCGGAGGAUCGCCGCGAUGGGCGAGAGGAUCGUGGACGCAAGAGAAGAAGCGAAGAAGGAGUCGGAAAUUUAUCGAGUGAACGUGAGAAGAGGCCCCGACGAUGA